GUAUGUACUCACAUGGCUGCUACAGGCAAAACGAGUCGCAGACCAUGUGCUCACGCGUGGAGUUUCGAAAGAUAAGGUUCACAUAAUUUUCAAUUAAAUAUAUUUGUGUACAUUUUUUACGAGCGUGCGAAACCCGGUCAAAAUGAAGUUGGUCGAGGAGGAGGUCCAAGUGGUUAAAGAGGUCAAGCUUGUGGAUGCGAGCGCUAACCUCGCCGGUCUGGACGGUUUAAUUAUGAAGAAUACGAAAGGCGGCGGAAAAAUGAUUGUCAAGAGGAAAGGCGGCGGAAGUAUAAUUGAUCAGCGCCCGCUCUUUUCUACCGAUGGAGAAACCCUUCAUAUAGUCUGGAAGAAUGUCAUAAGGGCAUACAGCACACAAACGGGAGACUUUGUGCGGGAGUUUGAGCCCUCGGAGUACAGAAUUGCUGGAAUAAUAGCGCAUCCAGAUAACGCCAGUGUUAUUAUCGGUUGUACCGAGAAUGGUGAACUGCAUUUCUGGAAUUGUCAGAGUGGCAUCAUCACUAAGAAAUUACAAUUGAAAUCUUCUCUCACAACGGGCAAAGCAAAAAUCAAAACCUUUCACAUUGUGAAGUACAGAAUGGCUCAAGGAAAUGAGAUAUGUCAAGUGCUAGUAACGCAUUUCUCUGAUUGCGGGAAGAAAAUAUAUGUACUGUUAUUUGAUAUAGAAACUGGAAUGUGCAUAAAAUCAAUAUUUAUCUUCGCAAACUCACAAGAGUAUUAUAUCGAUAUAAUUGGGAAUUAUGGAGAGAAUUUAAUAGCGCUUUUACACGACGUAGAUUUGCACAUAUUAAAUCCAGCUAGAAACUUGGUCGAUAAAAUACACAAGACUGGCAAAACUGGUAGACUACCUACUUGUAUAGCGGGACAUCCAGAGGAAGAAUGUGUUGCCACGGGGGAUUCUACGGGUCGUGUAGUGGUAUGGAAAAGUUUAUUCCAGACUAGACCGUAUACAGCUGUUUUUCACUGGCAUACAUUACCGGUUACAGAAAUAGUGUUUAGCAAGUCAGGUGGCCACAUGUAUACAGGCGGUGGCGAGUGCGUAUUGGUAAAGUGGACUUUAGCGAAUCCACAACAUAAGUCAUUCCUUCCACGAUUACCGGCGCCUAUCAAACAUCUCACUAUCGCGCCAGAUAACUUGUAUGUUGCUGUAUCGACUUUAGACAAUGGUAUUGUAAUUGUAAAUCCUCAAAGAAAAAUGACGUCAGUUAUACAAAACUUUACGUGGGGCGUCGCUUCGUCGUCCAAAGAUUUAUUUCCUGCAGGGCUUAUUGUUGACCCGAGAACAGGUUGUCUCGUUCUAAAUAGUCGUACCGGACAUGUACAAUUUUACAACACACAUACUAAGAAUCUGUUAUACAAUAUUAAUAUUACUGCUCAAAAUUUUUUAACUCAAGAACGCAAUGCAAUUAUUGUAAAUACAGAAGUUACAAAAGUAGCUGUGAAUCAUAAUGGCACAUGGAUGGCAACAGUCGAAGAGCGAAAUGAUAAAGUCUCAUCUAUAGAAGUUAGAUUAAAAUUCUGGCUUUACGAUCUGAAAAAGCAAAUAUUUGUAUUAAAUACAUCCAUUGAAUUACCUCAUGAGAAUGGAGUAAAUGCACUACAUUUUCAACCGGAUACAACAUUUGACGAUGGAGAAUGGUUAGCAGUUACCACUGGGAAAGAUGAUAAAUUUAAAUUAUGGAGUUUAGGAAAAUCCUUCGCUACAGAAGAUAAAGAUACCAAACAUUGGUAUUGUUAUGGGGUAGGAGACUAUCGCAAUCUAGCUGCUACAGACGCUGGGUUUUCAAUGGAUGGUUCGUUAUUAGCUAUUGGUUUUCAUUCUACCUUAACUUUAUGGAUACCCGAAACAUGCGAAUUAAAAUCCAGUCUUACACAUUCUCAAUAUAACUAUCCAAUAACACGAAUAGAAUUCGGCAAACACGAGGCCUGUCACCUUGUUGUGGUCGUAUCUCAGCAGCACAUAACAGUUUGGAAUAUUUUAACUCUCGCUAUAACAUGGACCGUAUCCCUGAACGUCGUGAGUCUCGCGUGUGACCUAAAAUCUACAUACAUAGCAGCAUUUACAUCUGACAAUUCAUUGUACGUGUUUACGCCACAAAGUGCAACACCCGUUUAUAAGAAAACAUGCCUUAUCGAAAAUACCAGUUCUGUAUUAGCGGCUACUUUUGUACCUCAUCUGCAAGAAAAACGUGAUCCUUCCUUUGGCCACUGGCAACGAAAAUCGCAACUCUUCUUUUUGGAUUCGAAUCAGGAAUUGCUCACAUUGGAACCAGAAUCUGAAGCAAGUGUUUCUUUAGAGAUUAUUUCGGAUAAAGGAACCAUGCCACUGACUGCCUUUUCCAACCUUAUAGCGGCUCAAACGUCUUCGAGUAAAGAGCAGACUGUCGCGCAAGUUCAUGAACAUCUUGGUACACCAGGAAAAGGAAUGUUAAAAGAGCUACUUAGCGUGCCCGCUCACACUUUGCCGCCGCUGCGAUUGCUGUGUACGCCAUUUAUUUUGUCUCUGGCGGGACAAUCCUCAAAAAAUCAUCCCAGAAAUGCCGAGAACUCCAAAGACAACGAUGACGGUGCUCAGGAUAAUGCUUCAGAUCUAAGUGAGAACGAAGUGUCACCGCCGGCGAAGCCCGCGGUAACGCCGACAAAUGAGAAAGAGGACACGGAUAACGAUGACAACGACGUGAAACUUAUCGAUAUCGAUUGGUCCUUCCUGUCCAAUAUACUUCCCGAUCAAGACAAUAUUCCUUGAUUCCUUGAUGAUGUAAAACUUGCCGUGCAAAACUACGACGGUAAGAUAGAAUUUGUCAGUUUAAUGAGCACUCCCGUAAAAUGAAAUAUGUAACAAAUGUACAAAGUAUGUUGAAACAUUAAUUUGAAAGUGCGUGAGUGGAGUAUGUGAAAUAUAGGUGAAAUAUAUCUUUUUAAGACGGC